UUGCAUCGUUUAUGUGUCCUUCGAGGGACAGAACAGAUGUUGCAUUCUUUCUCUUCACUUCCCAGAUUUUCUCUAUUCUUGACAUCCAAACCUCAACGCCUCCAUCAAAUUGCAGGGAGAGGGAGCAGUUAUCAGAGCUCAACAAAGAGGGCAAGAACCAUGGCCACUGCCAUUGAGUCCACUAUGAAGGACGCUUUUACCAAAUAUGCUGAAUAUCUGAAUAACCUUAAUGACAAACGGGAAAGAGUGGUCAAAGCAAGCCGUGAUGUAACAAUGAAUAGCAAAAAGGUCAUAUUUCAAGUGCACAGGAUGAGUAAAUACAAUAAAGUUGAAGUACUUGAGAAAGCAGAAAAGGAUUUAGCUGCUGUGACAGAUCAGUACAUGUCUCGACUAGUCAAAGAAUUGCAGGGAACUGAUUUUUGGAAGCUAAGACGAGCAUACUCACCUGGGAUACAGGAGUAUGUCGAAGCAGCUACAUUCUGCAGUUUCUGCAAAAAUGGAACUCUUUUGAAGCUUGAUGAGAUAAACAACACAUUGUUACCUCUUAGUGAUCCAUCUCUACAGCCUCUGCAGAUAAAUAUCCUUGACUAUCUAUUAGGGCUUGCAGAUUUGACUGGAGAGCUGAUGCGUCUGGCAAUUGGUAGGAUAUCGGAUCGUGAACUUGAAUUUGCUGAGAAGAUAUGCAGAUUUGUACGUGAUAUAUACAGGGAGCUUACACUUGUAGUGCCACACAUGGAUGAUAGUUCUGAUAUGAAAAUAAAGAUGGAUACAAUGCUCCAAAGUGUCAUGAAAAUAGAGAACGCUUGCUUUAAUGUUCAUGUGAGAGGAUCAGAGUAUAUUCCACUUCUGGGAUCUAAUGAUCCAAGUUCGUUCUUAGUGGGAGUUCCGGAUAUUGAACUAUGAGUUAUCCAUUGGACGCUUUGUGAGAUAUAUGUAGAUGAGUGAAUAGUCUACUGGAAGGCUUUGAAGGUUGGUAUUACUGCAUGGAUCAAUAUCAACAAUAUUUUGUAUAAGCUGCACAUGACAAUCGACAAUGAGGUUUACAGAUGAUUCUUAGCAAAGAUGACAUGUAUGAUUGUCAUUUUA